CUGUACUUGACCUGCAGAGAUGGCAUCAGCUCAUCUCAAAGUCUACUCUUAUUAUUUAUUAUAAAAGCUUCAUCAACUUCUUCUGAUCACUAUACUUCGAAGCGUAUGCUACAACUCUCUUGAGACCCAUAGCAACCCCCCUUUAUUAACGAAGAUACACGCCCAUCCCACCUAUAUAUGCCAUGGCUGCCCCGCCGAUAAACCACCAGCAAGCGACGGUCAUGAACCCGAUCACCUCGAUGAACGAGCCAUGGCCGAGCCCAGAGCACCUAGCAGCAGCCACGACAACGCACAGACAAGGCCCCUUCGCGAUAUCCAGCCGGAAGCUCCCGAUCUCCAAGGCCGGCCCGAUCGAGGCCAUGGAGAAGGCCAUCGGGAUCCCGGUGCCGGAGAUGAUCUUCGGCGACAACCUCGUGAGCAUAGCGCACAUGCCGAGCGGGUGGCGCAUCGAGUUCAACGCGCGCGACGCCCUCGACGCCGUCGACAAGACGGGCAACAACAUGCUACAGGUCGCCUACGCCGGCGAAUGGAGCGCGAGCCGCGAGCAGACGAGCGCGGGCAUCCGCGAGGUCGUGAGGCCGUUCGACUGGAGCUACAGCACCACGUACAAAGGGACAGUGGUGACAGACGAGCGUACCAAGACGAAUUCCCCAGCCGGCACAUCCGCGGAACAAAGCAGUAGGAAACUAGCCUUCGCCCCGACCGAUACCCCGAUCCCCAUCGAGCUCCUCAAGAGGCGCGACCCGAUCCGCUUCUUCGACGACGUGAUGCUCUACGAGAGCGAGCUCGACGACAACGGCAUCUCGGUGCUCAGCGCCAAGUUCCGCGUCCACGACGAGCGCAUGCUGCUGCUCUGCAGGCUGUACAUGCGUUUGGAUAACGUCGUCUGUCGCGUGCGCGACACGCGCGUGUACGUCGAUUUCGCGUCCGAGGUCAUCACGCGCGAGUACACGGUUAAAGAGGCUAGUUUCAGCGAUGUGAAGCAGAAACUCUUGCUAUCCGGCCUACGACCCGAUGCGAUAACGGUGGCGUUACGAGAUGCGAACAGCAUUGCGGAAAUCCUGCCUAUUGUUGACGGGACUCUCGAGAGCGUCUCGCUUGCCUCGUAAAGCAUUAGCAGCCUGACCUUGACUGCUUGCCUAACUAGACAAGGCAGUUGAUUCUAAUGGCAGCUGUAAAAAAGACAGCUGCGCAGGGCGUUAAUAGCCGUGUUGGUGAGCGCACAAGCAUAUCAGUAGCGUGCUCGAAUCCAGUAUAAAGUAGAAACCUCGAUUGCGCAGGCUUAACUGUGUAGGCAAUGACUCAUGACACUGUAAAUAUAGAGGCGGC